AUGGGUCUCACAACAACGCCGCGGCAGUCACUGACAGUAGUCGACAACCGCACCGGAAAGUCUUAUGAAUUACCCAUUACACACAACUCGGUCCUGGCCACCGAUAUAAAAAACAUCAAGGCCGAGCCGGCGCCGGAGGACAGCCCAGAAGAUGAGACUAAGCAAGGUCUGAGAGUUUACGACCCUGCUUAUAUGAACACAGCCGUUGUUCAAAGCAAAAUUACAUACAUCAACGGCUUGGAAGGCAUCCUCCGAUACCGUGGAUACCCCAUCGAACAGCUGGUUCAGAAGAGCAACUUUCUCGAGACCGCAUUCCUGCUCAUCUACGGCGAGCUGCCCACCGAAUCGCAGUUCGGCAACUGGCAGGAUGAGAUCAGCCAUCACACCUUCGUCCACACGGACAUCGAAGGCUUGUUGAAAAGCUUCCGCUACGACUCGCACCCCAUGUCCAUGCUAACAGCUGCCUUCGCCACCCUCGGCGCCUUCGCCCCAGAAGCCAACCCCUCGCUCCGCGGCCAAAAGCUCUACACCAACGCCGCCUCAGGAGACCUGGAAAGCCUCCAAGUCCUCGACAAGCAAAUCCUCCGCAUCCUAGGCAAAGCCCCCACCCUCGCCGCAGCCUCCUACCGCAUGCGCCAAGGCCGCCCCUUCAACCGCCCCGCCCAAGGCCUCUCCUACACCGGCAACUUCCUCCACCUCCUCGACACCCUCUCCGACCGCGACAACUACAAGCCCCACCCCGUCCUCGAAAAGGCCCUGGACGCCCUCUUCAUCAUCCACGCAGACCACGAAGUAAACUGCUCCACCGCCACCGUCCUCCAAGUCGGCUCCUCCCUCGUAGACCCCUACUCCGUCGUCGCCGCCGGCUGCGCCGCCCUCUACGGCCCCUCCCACGGCGGCGCCUCCGAGUCCGCAAUCCGCAUGCUCAUGGAAAUCGGAUCCCCCGCCAACGUCCCGUCUUUCAUGGCGGACGUCGAAGCCCGCAAGCGCGUCCUCGUCGGCUUCGGGCACCGCGUGUACAAGAACGUGGAUCCGCGCAGCACGGCCAUCCGCCAGCUUGCAGACGAGGUGUUCAAGGUUACGGGGCGGAAUCAGCUGCUUGAUACCGCGCUGGAGCUGGCAAGAUAUGCGAGGGAAAGCGAGUUUAUGAAGAGCAGGAAGUUGUAUCCGAAUGUGGACUUUUACUCUGGGCUUAUUUAUCAGGCUAUGGGCUUCCCGUUGGACUUCUACCCCGUUCUAUUCGCCGUCCCGCGCUGCGUCGGCUGGCUCGCCCACUGGCGCCAGCAGAUGCUCACGCCCGGCGGUGUUAAAAUCUGGCGGCCGAGACAGCUUUAUCUAGGCUCUGGGGAGAGGGAGUACGUCGAUGCGAGGGACACGCGGGAGAAGAAAGAUGGGAAGCUCGCUGACGCGCCGGUUGCGGUGAGCCAUGGGGGGGAUAGUAAGAGGAGUUUACUUGCGGCGAAGAAGGUUAGGGCGAGGCUGUAG